UGCCUGGGACAGAGGCAACUCCAGCACACACCAGCUGUAGCAGAGAAAGUUAAAUACAGGAGCAAAGAGAGAGUGGGGACAGGAGGAACAUGCUGAACAUGCCACAGCAUGCUGAACUGGGCACAAGUGGGGACCUCAGACAAAAGCAAGAUUAAAAAAAAAUGCCUGAACUUGUCCCUUCUUUGCCAGAGCAGAGCACAAAGUGGGGUGCACUGCAGGGCAGGAGGGGCUCCAGGAGUCCUGGCAGCACAGGGCUGAGCUAAUUGAGGGGGCUGGUGCUGGCAGGGCCACGUGGCCGAGGUCAGCUGUCACCAACCAGUCCCAGAUCAUACUCUGAGCUGCAGCUGCCAAGCUGAGCCCAGCAGUUCUGUGGUACAAGACAGAGCGCUUGCUCUGUGUGAUGGGGAGUGAGGCCCAGGGGCAAACUCACAAGGCGUUGCACGUUUUGCUUCUGCUCUCUGAGCUGGGUGCUUCGGAGUUGAAAGAAACACAUUUUAUGUGAUGGAUCUUGUGCCAAAACUUUGGGCUGUGUUUCUGACAGCAAUUUCCCUUCCUCUAUCCGGUGCUAGGAGUGUUUUUGUUUUUCUAAUCCCCAGGCUCAGAGACUUCAAUUGUAUUGGAGCCCGAGCUGCUUUUCAGGCCAGGAGCAUCUUUGUGCUCCACAUCUCUGUAUUUAAUUAGACCAGUUCAUGGAGUUCAAUGUGAUGUUUUACGAGUUGAAAUAGGAUCAUAUUCCAGGAUAAGACGUCAAAAAUCAGCCUGUUUAAUUUUGGUUCCCCUUUUACUUGCAAAUCCAAAGGAUUAUUUCCUCCUUUUCAGUUCCAAUAGUUCAGAGUAACUUUCACUGCAUACUUGCAUUUCCAGUGUCCCGUUCCCUGUUCCUGUCCCUGCCUGGGUGAGUCAUGGGACUGAAGGCUAAUAUGAUGGUACAGGGCAGGACCACAGGGGCAGCCUGUGGAUGGCCAUCCCUCAGGGGAUCUUCUUGGACAUUGUGUGGAGGUGGUUCCUUCACCUCAUCCCUUCUAAAUCUGCACUGUGGGACUUGAGGGAUGAACUGAGAGGUCAUGACCAUCUCCCUUCCCUGGCUGUGACAGCUGACAGCCUGGGUAGCUGCAUUAGCCUUUAAUGAAUGGCUGGGGCCAAGAGCAGCAUCUGGUGUGGGCAUACAAAGCCAAUACAAAUCCUGCAUGUCUGCACCUUCCUGUCCCAUCAACAGAGGGUAAAUCGAGGCAAGUUUGUGUUGUUUCCAGUUUGUUGUCAUGGAUGUCCUUCCAGGAAACAGCAGGCAGCAAAUGCAAACAGCUAAUAAGAACACAAUAAGGGAAAAGAGAAGUGCAGAGCUAGAAAUAGUUGCUUACAUAAAGGACUAGUGCCUCAAUCUCAUUAGUGUCUUAAGAAGCGGGCACUUGGCCGCCUCCGACUGCUACGAUGCAAACCCCAAUCUGAUCAGCAAUCGGCUUUGGGACCCCGGCAGGUGCCACGUGGCAUCAGGACACAGCUGUGCCCCUCAGGCAGCCACACCACUGCCCCGAGCUCACAGCACUCGUCCCAGUCUGCGUGUGCCCAGUGGGAGCGUUCCCAUGAAGCCAGAGCUGCUGUCCUGCAGCCCGUAACAGGAGUCACUGCGUCGGAAGGCUGGGCACCAUGAGGCAACCGUGGACCAGGCGCGCGAGUCUCUCGGCCAGCCUGAAGAUAGGGGAUCACCGGGGCCACUGCCGGACCCCGGAGGAAGAGGAAUCUUACAUCCCAUUUGCACAGGACAGCCUGGUAAGGCAAUGGAACUCCAUGCAGAAUGUGGCAGAUGGUAACCAGGAGAACAGCCAGACUCCCAUCCAAAGGAACAAGUACCUGCUCAACAUUAAUGUGGGUGGCAAAUUAUUCCAGAUAGCUUACAAAGUACUGGCCCAGUAUCCCAUCACCCGGCUUGGGAAGCUGGCCCUCUAUACAGACCCUGUGAAGAAGCUGCAGCUCUGUGAUGACUACUUGGUGCAGAAGAAUGAGUACUUCUUUGAUAGAGAUCCUUCAAUUUUCCACUACAUCUUCCACUUCUACCGCAGUGGGGUCCUGUGGAUAAUGGAUGAGAUGUGCCCCAGUAACUUUGUGGAGGAAAUCGAGUACUGGGGAAUCCAUCUGAAAUACUCCCAACGCUGCUGCCGGAUCCUAUUCGAGGAAAAGCGAGAUGAACUCAGUGAGUACCUGAAAAUAGAAAAGGAGCUGGAGGCAGAACUGGAGCCUCUGGAGUCAGGGGCACAGUUUGAUGGCAAAUUUCUGGGACGGUUUCGAAAGAUGGUCUGGAACCUCAUUGAGAACCCAUACUCUUCUGUCCCAGCCAAGAUCAUUGCCGUCAUGUCGAGCUUCUUUGUGCUUAUCUCCAUUGUGGGCAUGACACUGAGCACAGUGGAGGAGAUGAAAAACAAGACAGGUAAAAUGUGGAUGGAGCAGAUGGAGAUGAUCUGUGCCAUCUUCUUCACCUCUGAAUAUGUCAUGCGGCUCAUAUCCUCCUCUAGCUUCAAGAACUUUCUGCGGGCAGCGUUUAAUGCUAUAGACCUGGUGGCCAUCCUGCCCUUCUACAUCCAGAUCCUCUUUGAAAAUCUGGACGAUGGAGACAUGCAGUACCAUGAGGAGCUGCACAAGGUGGAGAAUGUGAGCAAGCUGGGCAAAGUCCUCAAGCUCAUCAAGCUCAUGAGGAUCUUCCGCAUCCUCAAGCUGGCACGUCACUCCACUGGCCUCCGAGCCUUCAGCUUCACCAUGCGCCAGUGCUACCAGCAGGUUUGCUGCCUCCUCCUCUUCAUUGCCAUGGGGGUCUUCACCUUCUCUGCUCUCAUACACUCGGUGGAACAUGAUGUCCCCGGCACCGACUUCACCAGUAUCCCCUGCGCAUGGUGGUGGGCAGCGGUCAGCCUCUCCACUGUGGGCUACGGAGACACUGUGCCUGACACAAUACUCGGCAGGAUGGUGGCAUUUGUCUGCAUCUCCUUCGGCAUCAUCCUCAAUGGAAUGCCCAUCUCCAUUCUCUACAACAAAUUUUCUGACUACUAUGCCAAGCUGAAGGCCCAUGAGAUGAGCCAGUCACUUCAGCUUUCCAGGAGGAUCCGCCUGAAGGAGCGAGUUCUGCGAAAGUUCUCAGAGUGCUGGAGAGCUGACCCCCACUAUUACCACUGACCACAGGCUCCCCAUCCCCAGACAUCCCCUGUCCUGGCCAUCCUCCCUCUAGGUCCUAUCCCCCAGGGAGGCUCCGAGCUACGAGCAGAGUCACAACAGUGCCAGGGCUCUGCUGUUGCACAGGGGCUGCUGCCAGCUGGGACCUCCUCCCUGCUGCAUGCUGGACACUGCUGUCCCACAGAGCAAUCAGUCAGAGGUGGCUCGGGAGCUGUACAGCCAGGGCAGGAUGUUUGUCUGCCAUGGGCUGAGGCAAGGGGCACCCUGACAUCACGAGGAGUGAGGGAUGAGACUGAACUGUCACUUGUCUGAGGCAGGUAGCCCAGUGUGACACAUGUGCAGGUGCUGCUCCAUUCCCCACUGAAUGGGACACAGAGGCUCUCCCUGCCCAGGACCCUGUGACUCCCUCCCAGCCAAUGAGCCUGGGCCUAGUCCAGUGUGGGGAUUUGUGUGAAGGCAUGGAGAAAAGGGUAUGGCCAUGCAUCCUUCUAGCCAAAUCUGCCCUUCUUCCCACUGCCCUGGAGUUUGGGGCACACUCCUGACAUGAGAUGCUGCUGUGAUGUGACCCACAAGGCACUAUAGGCAUACAGAGCUUGUAGCCAGAGCACCCCCAGGAACAGGUAUUUAAUAAACCAGGCCCAAACCAUCAUUAUCAUGGAUUCUUGUCCAGCCAGUGUGUGUGAUUCAGUAAACCGCUCAUUGUUUGGUGUGAGGAGGGGACAUCUCCCCAGCGCUCACAAGUCCAUCAGUGCAAGGACAGAGCUCCCAGGGAUGCAGAUGAGCCUGUCCAUGCAUUAGUUUUGGAAUGAGGUGCCUGGGCCUGAGUGCAUUGGAACUGGAGCUGGGACGUGCUGGUGUGACCAGGACACACCAGUUGGUUCUGCUCUGUGUUCACAUUAUGGGAGGCAGUGGGGGACAUAUCUGGGGGGCACAGGGGAAGGAUGUGCCCUCCAGUGUGGGACCAUGUCCAGUCAAUGAGCCUCCUGAAGGGAUACAUCCCUCCCCUGAGUGAGAUGGAGAGAGGGGCCUUGGGCUGCAGGGAGAGUUGGUAUGGGGAAGGCCCAACAGCUGCUGCUUCCAGGUGAGCAGGGGGAGGAAACUGCUGCCAGGCAGGCCAGGGUGCAGUUCAGCCACUAGUGAGCUGGGCUUGGAGAUGCAGAGGUGCCAAGGGACUGCUGGUAUCAGCCUGGGACUGUGGCUAAGCUGCUGAUGUUGGAAGAUUGGAAAGAGACUUGGAGGAACUCAGUGCUCUGGCAGGAACAGCCACAUUCCCACUGAGAGCUGGACUGCAAAGGACAAGGGGGCUGUGCCAGCAGGUGUGAGGGGACCCCUGCCCUGACCAUCAACACCUACACCCACUCCCUGGUACCCCACAUUGACACUUGCCCUCUUUACACCUCCCCAGCACUGACCUGACCCCACAGCACCGGGCAGCUCUGGUUUCCACCCCAUUUGUCUUCCAUGAGGAACAUUCUCUCUGGGUACAGCAGUUUCCUCUGACCAUCUUAUCCCAGAGCUCUCCCACCCCACUGUUCUGGUUUCAGCUGCAGUAGAGUUCAUUUUCUUCCCACUGGCUUGUACAAAACUGUAUUUUAGGUCCAUGGUGAAAAUAUAUAUAAUCUUGAUCACACACUGAUCUCUCAGCAGCCGAUUGCUGCUAGGAACAGGCUGGGCACAGAUCAGUGGGUGCUGAGCAACUGGAUAUUGGGCAUCACUUGUCUGUCUUGGGGUUUAUGAUUCCCUCCUUUUGG